ACUACUAUCUGCAAGCACCCUGGCAAAGGAAAUCAGACUCAGGAUCUGAGCUGCUGGCAGCAUUGAGCUACCUCUGUAAUCAAUACAACACUGCAUCUAAGCUCAAGCAGAUAGAGAGGAUGAUCUGAUACAGAGGAAAUCAUGGCAACGUCAACUCUUUUGUUUUUCAUGUUUUUUCUCAUCAAUAAUUUACUUUAGGGCUUUUUGGAUGUACUGUCCUGGAAAAAGGAAGUAUUGGGAAGUGUUGAAUAUUUUGGAAGUGGACAAGAUUGUAAAAGGACCAAACAAGGAAAGAGAAGACUAAUUAUUGAAAACGGGAGGAAAAUAUUUUGAGCACUCUAGUGGUGCUUUUUUUUUUUUUUUUUUUUUUUUUGCAGCAUUGCUGAUAGUGGAUUAGAGAGAUACGAAGUGUGAAUAGAAGGGUGCUGAAAAUGUGGUUCUGCAGGAAGGAGCUAUCCAUGGUCCUGACAGUGCUGAUUGCCAGUCUGUCACUUCACUCUCCGGCUCUCGCACAGAAUGACACUGAACCUAUAGUUUUGGAGGGCAAAUGUUUGGUGGUUUGUGAUUCUAAUCCUGCUACUGAUUCCAAAGGAUCUUCCUCUUCUCCUCUAGGAAUUUCAGUCCGGGCUGCUAACUCUAAGGUCGCUUUUUCAGCUGUCCGGAGCACAAAUCAUGAACCCUCAGAGAUGAGCAACAAAACUAGGAUUAUCUACUUUGAUCAGAUCUUAGUAAAUGUUGGAAACUUUUUUACAUUGGAAUCUGUCUUCGUAGCCCCAAGAAAAGGUAUUUACAGCUUCAACUUUCACGUCAUAAAGGUCUAUCAAAGUCAGACUAUACAGGUUAACUUGAUGCUUAAUGGAAAACCAGUCAUUUCGGCUUUUGCUGGAGAUAAAGAUGUAACACGUGAAGCAGCAACUAAUGGCGUCCUUCUCUACUUGGACAAAGAAGAUAAGGUUUACUUGAAGUUAGAGAAAGGUAAUCUUGUUGGGGGAUGGCAAUACUCCACCUUCUCUGGUUUUCUAGUGUUCCCACUGUGAAGUCUAUGACAAUCACCUAACUGUGGACAGUGGACUUACCUCUGACCUUUGUUAUUUGAAGGUCAUUUUCCCCCAUCAAUGGAUUGAUGUUUACUUUAUUGAUUUCUCAUGAGUGAAAUUGGAUUACACCAUAAGGCUCUCAGUCCAUUCGCUGAAUUCUGGUGAUAUUUCAAAGAAAAUAUUUUGUGUGUUUGAAGUAUAGUUGGAUUAAAGCAGACAAUAAAUAUAUAUGCAUAAUAUUACAGUAUCAAGCUGCUUGCAAGAUUUAUUCAGAUUUCAUUUAUGGAACUAUUUGCUACGAAAAAGGAAAAAUAUAUACCGGGUUUGAAAAAAGGACAAAGUCUUAAUCACAAACUUUUGUUGCAAUCUUCAAUCAACACAUACAAUAUUAUUACUAUAGCUAUUAUUUUUUGCUGCUCUACAGCUGUAAUUAAAUGCUAUGUUGGUAUUAUAUUCUGGUACAUUUAAAAAGAACACACACAUUAUCUGUUUCACUGAGGUACAUGUGGAAUUGAGCAAUGACAUAUGCCUAGAAUUGAUACUGGUUAUAAGUGAUCCCAAUUCACCUUGAUCAGAAAAAAAACAUUAGUGAAGUUAAUUUGAAUUUUCUUGCGAGGUAUUUUUAAGCAGCAUGUUCCAACAUUAAAACAAAUAGAUCACAACAAUGACAAAAAAAAUGCUUAACAGACAUAAAAGUGAUCCAUCUUGCAUAGCUCUGCAAAACAGCUUAGCUCCGCAGGAAAGGUUCUCUUUUAUUUCUCGUUUAAUUAGCAUGAUUGAUAUUACGCACUUUUGGAAACCUAAGGGACAUUUUCUGAAGACAGAACCACUUUAUUAGCUUGAGAUGAGGACUUUUUAUUUGUUAAUUUAGUCUUGAUUGCACAUGACCUAUCAGUUGAUGCCUUAAAAUUCCUAAAUAUAAUUAUUUAUUUGUGAUCUGUUGAAACUAAAUUAAUAUAUACAGCCCUUAGAUCAAUUAUUUGCACAUUGCAGUAUAUUUGUAGAGAAUCUUAAAGUUACUUAUUAGUGUCACUGUAACAUAAUAAAGGUUAAUAUGUGUUA